AUGUCCCAAAAAUACUCGUUUACCCUGGCUAUGUAUUCACUCAGAACGACGACUCCCGGAAGCACGGAGGACCUCAUCCGAAUGCGCAAGAGCAUUCAAUCGAAAGAUGAGAAAAUUCAGCAGUUGGAGAGGAUGGUCAACGACUUGAGAAAAACGCUCGGUGACGAAACGGAGCGGCGUAAAUCAACAUUGGCUACGAUAACAGACACAUUUGAGGCUCAAAUUGAUAGAUUACGAGACGAGAACUAUGAAAAAGAACUGCUCAUCAAUGAGCUCAGAACCGAAAGGGACAAGUAUGCAGCGAUGGUGGAUAAAAAUAGCGGAGACGAAGCUCUCAGUCGAAUGGAGGAAAUAAGGCAAAAAAUACAGGAAAGAAAGAAGAAAGGACGUUUGGGAGUGACAGCAGGAGGAUUAUCCGAACAUGCUAGAACAUCAUCUGGAUCCAUGAUGCAACAAUCUUUGCAUAGAAGAUCAUCGAGCGGAUCAUCGUUCGACCCUGUGCCAACAGCACCAAUGCCAUAUAAUAUGUUCAAAAACGCAACAAACAACAAACAAAACGGUGGUUCAUACGGAUAA